AUGCCUUCAGUAGACUUUAAACUAUCCUUUCUAAGGGUCAGGUUGGGUGAACAUACAACAUGUAAUCCAAAACUAUUGUAUAAAACAUUAAUUUCAUUGAAGAAACGUUUUCAAUAUAUUCUUCACCCACAUACGAAUGACAGUCAGACGCCUUCACAAAUUUUUAAUACUUUUCCAUGA